GCAGGUUCGCACUGACUCCGCGCGAACUUUGCAGGAUCAAAAAGGUGGCCAUGGCUCUUCCGCAAUGAAGGAUGAAUUCGCUCCCGCGGGGCCGCCUGCUUCUGGGGGUAGUCGCCCUUCUGCUGGUGGGGGGCUACGUCCAGCCCAGAGGAUUAUGUGGGACUGCGGAAGCCUUGGCGAGGAGACGGGGCGAUGCCCGGGAGCCCAGACAAUCUUCUCUCCAUCCCAAAGGUCUCUCCUUCUACAGAGGCUCCUCCUCUACCUCACACUCCAUGCGGUAUUUCUACACGGGGGUAUCUCAGCCCAGCCAGGGGCUGCCCCGGUUCAUCGUUGUGGUGUACAUAGAUGACCAGCCCAUCACUCACUAUGACAGCAACACUCAGGAAAAGGUGCCUGUUGCCCCCUGGAUGAAGAAGGUGGAGAAGGACAAUCCCAGGGACUGGAGUGCAGAGAGUCAAGCCUUGCUACGCAAUGAGGAUUUGUUCAAAAAAAGUUUAGUGGCCCUGCAGAAUAGCUACAACCAGACCAGUGGCACAGGGCUCCACACGCUGCAGCUCACGUAUGGCUGUGAGGGGGGAACAGAAGAGCAGCUUGGGCUGAGGUACUGGAAGUUUGGCUAUGAUGGGGAGGACUUCCUGGACUUCGACAAGGAGACCCUCAGCUGGACGGCGGCAGAUAGGCAGGCCGAGAUCUCCAAGCAGAAGUUGGACUCCCUUCUGAACUAUUCCAAGCAAUGCAUGUCCUACCUGGACGAGAAAUGCAUUGAUUGGCUGCAAAAGCGCCUGGAGUAUGGAAAGGAGGCUCUGCAGAGGACAGAGCGCCCAACAGUAAAGGUGGCACGCAAGGAGGGCUACGGUGGCCAGGAGACCCUCAUCUGCCAGACCCACGGCUUCUACCCCAAGGAGAUUGAGAUCGCCUGGACAAAGGAUGGGGAGGUCAAGUGGCAGGACACCUUGACAGGGGGUGUUGUCCCCAACUCAGAUGGGACCUACCACACCUGGCUCAGCAUCGAGGUGGACCCCAAGGACAGGGGCCGCUACCGGUGCCAGGUGGGACAUGACAGCCUGCGGGAGCCCCUGCAUUUAGCUUGGGAAGAGCCAGCAUCCAACGUGGGGCUCAUUGUGGGAGUCCUUUUGGGGGUCCUGGCUGCUCUCAUCCUGCUGGGGGCUGGAGUUGCCUACUACUUGAAAAAAAAUCGUUGUCCUGAGAGCAGCUAUGAAAGAGCAACAGGAGAUUAA